GGGGAUUUAGUGGACAAAUAUUGAGUGGGCGCGUGCUCUGUGCUGGGCAGAGGGCAGACGACGUUAGUGAGGUGUGUCCGUCCCUCACCAAGGUCACUGUGUAUCGAGAGAGACUGGAAAUGAACGUGCAAUUACAAUCGCAAAGAAUUGUCACCGAGAACCGUGUUGUUUGCCACUUACUACAUGCCAGGCUGUGUCCUGUUGUGUCUUUCACUGUUAACUUUUCACUUUGAGUAAAUAUGAAAGCACAUGAAGUUGCAACAAAAAUAGGACAGAGUGCCUUGGACCCUUCCACCAGCUUCUGCCGGGGGUUAACAUCUUGCGGGACUCUAGUACAGUGUCACGACCAGGACAUGAAUUGACAGUGUUAAACCCACAGACCGCAGACUUCUGAGGUCGCUAGUUUGACAUGAGCUCACUGGGGUGUGUGUGUGUGUGUGCGCGUGUGUGUAUGCGCGCGCGUGGUUCUAUGCCAUUUUAUGACACAUGCAGAUUUGCGCCACCACCACCGCAAUCCACACACAGAACUGUCCCAUCCCCACAAGCCCUCCCUCGUGCUGCUCUUUCAUAGUCACAUCUGCCCGGCCAGCCCCUGGCCUUCACUCAUCUGUUCUCCAUCUUUAUAAUGCUGUUGUUUUGAGAAGGUCGUAUCAACAGAAUCAGAAAACGUGUGACCUGUGGGGCGCGGCUCUCAGCAUAAUGCCUCUGCCAUGUGCUACCUCCUCUGAGAAAGUCUUGUGACCUUCAUAAUUUCCCUACAAGGAUGAUUCUCCCCAUUUUAUGGUUGAAGAAAUGGAGGUUCGGUCUUGUUGAGUGACAUGCCCAGGGUCACACGGCUGGGGAAGGAAAACAGGGGAUCUGACCCCAAACAUGACUCACGGAUGAGGCCACAACCACGGUACCCGAGCUCUGCACUGCGGCGUCUUUCUGGGAGUAGCGGGUGGGGUUGGGGAGGGGUAGAGACGUUGAGAAGUGACUUCCUUGAAGGACUGACAUUUGCUUCCCAUUAAGAAAAAGGUCUCUUCCACGUUGGAUGGGACUGAACGCAGUUGUUUCCUUUCUUAUCCCCCAAUCGGUGAAAUUGCUCCGAUCCUGUUACUUUGAACUUGUAAACUAGCAUCAAUCAGGACCGCUCCAGAGCCUCACCAGGGUCCAAGAUCUCAGACCCUGGACACCUACCUGGCCCAUAUGCUGACUUGAGGGCCCCAGAACCUGCAUCUUGACCCCCCGCUGCAUUUUUAAGUGCCUUUUGAUUGUGGCAAAGUAUGCAUAACCUAGACUUGGCCAUUUGAACCAUUUUUCCGCGGACAAUUCAGUGGCAUCAAAUGCACUCACAAUACUGUGCAACCAUCACCGUGUUCAUUUCCAAGACUUUUCAUCAUCUCAAACAGAAACUCUGUCCCCAUUAAACACUGCCUCCCCACGACCCUCAGCUCCAGCCCCUGUGAACUUCUGUUCUUCCUUCCAUCUCGAUGAAUUUGCCUGUGCUCGGCACGUCAUGUAAGGGGAACCGUAUCACAGGUGUCUUUCUGGGUUGCGUUUAUUUCACUGAGCGUAAGGUUGGCAAGGUUCAUCCAUGUUGUACCAUGUGUCAGAAGUUCAUUUCUUUUUAGGGCUGAAUCUUCUUCCUGGGAACUAUUGCACAGAAACACCCAAAUUCCUUCUACCAAUAUCCCCUGGCCCUGAAAAUUAACACAGAGAACCUUUCAACACAUUUCUUCUCCAGACUGGGAGGGCUCUGAGGAAAGGCCAUUGUUACUGGAAUAAGCAAGGGCAGGCUGGGAGUGGGGUCUCAGGGAAAGACGCCCUCAGGAGGUACCAGGGAAUCCCCAAAUGGAUGGGAGGGUCUCAGCAGUAACUGAAUUCAGGAUCUGGUGGAGUUUCAGACUGGGUGCUAGUUCUCUGGCCGUGGGGUGAGGGGCUGGUGCUGCAUGACAGGGAGAGAGGACGGCUCACCGUGUUCCUGGGACACCAGCCCCACGGGAGAGAGGGAAGGCUAGUGUGCCUUCCCGAUGGACUGGUGGUGGGAAAAACUCAGCCUGGAGGAGACAGCCGUGUGCCGGGGGUAACCAGAAGGAAUUACGUCUCCUUCAGCCAAAGCAGACAGCCCCUCGUCCUGGGCUCACUUUAUCCAAAUGGGAGCAAGAAGGAGGAAACAGUUGAAGACGCUUCCAGGUGUGAGAUGUGUGGUGGCAGAGACUGUGCCUGGGAGACUCUGAAAGGCCUCACUGAAGUGACCUAGGCUGUGACCAGAAGGACAAGACUGAGCCACGCCUGCGUAGGUCCGGGAACAGGGAGUCAGGGAGAAGGCGCUGUUGGUGCAGAGACUCUGGGGCAGAAGUGAGCGUGAGCAGAGGAGGUCAGAAAGCUGCCCAGGCGGCUGGAGGGAGCCUGAGAAGCAACAGGAGCUGCGGCAGGGGCGGCGGUUAACAGGGCCAGAUCAGGGAACCCGGUAGUCUGCGUUCAUUUGGGUUUCUCUCUCACAACAUUGCUCCCAAAAGUUGCACCUCUGAAGUACGAAUAUUGAACUUCUCCCGGUUUCCGUGGUCUAGGCAUUGGGCACGGCUUAGCUGGGAGCCUCUGCCUCCAGGUCUCCGUGAAGCAGGACCUUCAGUCUCAACUGAGGCUAGACUAGGGGAGGAUUUGCUCCCAAGUCACUCACACGGGUGGUGUCAGGAGUCAUUGGGACUGAGAGUCUGAGUUUCCAUGUGACUGUUGGCUGGGCACUCCCUCAGAUCUCUCCUCCCUUGGCCUCUACAUAGGGCAACUGAAAUCAUCGCCACUUGCUAUCUCAUUUCCAGAAAUGUGACAGAGAGAGCGCUCAAGAGAUGGAAACAGAGGGGGAGAUAAAGGGAGGGAACUCAGGAAAGCAAGCAAGAGGGAAGUGACAGAGUUUUUGUAAUUAAAACUGGGAUGUGACAUUCCAUCAGCUGGGCUGUAUUCUAUCGCUCAGAAACCAGUUACUCAGGAUGUAGUGGUUCCACAAGGAUGUGCACAGCAGGAGGGAGGGAGCGCUGGGAGCCUUGGUGGAGGCUGCCCACCACAUAGGCCGACAAUGAGGCGCUUGGGUCUGGUUCUAAGGCCAACGGGAGACUGGGAAAGGUUGAAUGCUAGUGAAUGACAAUAUCUGAAUUUCCUCGAACUUCCAACCCUUGAAGGUGCAGACCUGACAACGAGCCCCCAAGGGGCAGUGACUUUUCCCAAAUCACACGGCUGGAAUCCAGGCCCGUUUGGAGAGGUAUUCCCGACUGCAUCCACCCCUUCUUGUAAUUCUUCCACCUCUAAGUUCGGGGACCAGACCCAGGUGGCACCACCUCCCAGAUACGGGAGGCGUUAUCACAUGUCCACCCGAAGACGUCCCUAGGAAUGUGUUUCUAGCGCCAUCCCAUCGUGCAGGUUGGGAGACUGGGGAGGCCCUGAGAGGCACAGUGGCUUUUCCAGGACACAGAACUGCUAGGAAAAAGGAGAUCCGAACUGGGCGCUCUCUCUUCAAAGCUGGGGCGCUGGUUCCGAUCCCAAGGAGCUGUGGGGAGGGCUGUGAUGGAACUUUCUGUACAGCUCGGGAGAUGACACGGGCAAGGAGGGUGAGCGGUCAACAGCCCCGAGGGGGCUUUGGGUGGGUCUGAUGGAGGGAAGGGCCCCCCAUCCUGGAACCUUGGAGACAUGACCUCACUUCCUUGGCGACCGACCCCAACAGAACUUAGAACUCUGGUCACCAGGCAGCCAUUUUGUACACAUAGCCCAUUGGACCAGAGACACUCGACACAGGAGGAUGUGUUCAUGUAUCCCCUCUUUGCGAGGCUCUGGCGCACAGAAAGCCAAGAAUGACAGUCUUUUCCAUCGCUGUCGACAUUGGCUGAGACCGCACCUCCAAGACCUCGGGCCGUUCGGAAGAAGGAACCCUCAGAGCUCCACCCAGGAGAUGGUCCAGGAGCUGGCGCAUGGGUCCUACGGCUCCAUCUCCCUGGACAGGGGGCAAGUGCAGCAGACCACCGACCUUGCCCGGGGCUGGACUGAGCGUGGAGAGUCACUCGGGCAGCGGAAUGAGGCCUGCAGGAUGCGGGCCCUCCAGGCAGGCCUGCUGGAGAGGCUGCCGCAGUCCAUGGGAGCAGCCUUGGCGCCUCGAAACAUGGCCAACGUCACCACCAUCAUGUUCGACUGCGCGGCUGUCCUCACCUCCCACGGGGUCCUGGACCACCUACUUGCUACGUGAGUGC